UUGCAAGAACUCAGCUAAAAACUCUCCGCUUCGAGACAAGUUUGCUCAGUUAACUUUUGUCGACGUUGGUGUCAAGAUGCAAUCGAUUCUAAAGCUCAGACUUGCAGUUUUGCUGCUAAUCGCAUUGAAUUGCGUUCUACUUUGUACUGCUCAAGGGGGUAACGGCGGUUGGGGCGGCGACUCUGGCGCGCCCGGAGCACCCGGUGGCGGUAGCGGUGGUGGCGCGCCAGGAGCACCCGGUGGCGGUAGUAAUGGUGGCGCACCCGGAGCGCCAGGCUCACCUGGCCAUAGUCAUCACGAUCACGCUUACAGUGCAGCAGCUAAUUUUGGAUUUACACACCUGCAAUGGCUGUUGGCUUUAAUGCCGUUCACGUUGCUUUUGAAAUAUGUGUAAAGAAAAGUUUUAGAUGUACAUACAUACAUACUUAUGUAAAAUAGUAUUUGUUGUAACUGCUUAUAUAGAAACUCAAAUAUAUGUAAUUACUUUAGUAUUUGAA